AUGGUAUGGGUAUCAGCUGUGUUAUCACUUUGGUACUGUCAUAUGGUAGGUAAGAUUAUUUCCAAAGGAGCAAUCAGAUUCUUUGCAAUCCUCCCAGUCAUUCUCUUCUUUUUCUUCCUCCCUCUCAAUCUCUUCACCAUCUGGCUUGGAGGUCCAACAUCUUUCUUUCUUGCUUGGCUUGCAAACUUCAAGCUCCUUCUCUUUGCCUUUGGUCAAGGCCCUUUAUCAACCUACCCCUUACCCCUCUCUUUCCCAUAUUUCGUCUCCUUAGCUUGUCUUCCCAUCAAAUUUCAACACAACCCACAAAAAUCAGUAGGUGCACAAAGAAGUAAAGGAAAUGGCCACAAAUCACCUGUAAAUUAUGGCCUGAAAAUUAUAGUGUUGGCCAUAACCGCACCCAUCUAUCUUCAAAAAGACCAGAUUCAUCCAAAAAUAGUAUUGGUUCUCUACUGUGUAUACCUUUACAUUGGUCUAGAACUUGUCUUAGCAGUGGUUGCAUCCUUUGCUCGAGUCUAUCUCCGUUUAGAGCUCGAGCCACAGUUUCAUGAGCCAUACCUAGCCACCUCAUUGCAGGACUUCUGGGGUAGAAGGUGGAAUCUUAUGGUCAGCAGUAUCCUACACCCAACUGUAUACAAUCCAGUGAAGUCCAUUUCUAGCCGCUUGAUUGGAAGAAAGUGGGCUGCGCUCCCAGGAGUUGUUGCAUCAUUCUUGGUUUCUGGAAUAAUGCAUGAACUAAUUUUCUACUAUAUCGGAAGAAAGCAGCCCACAUGGGAGCUCACCUGCUUCUUUGUCCUACAUGGGAUCUCUUUGGCUAUUGAGAUUGUCAUAAAGAAAUCGUUUAAUGGUAAAUGGCGGCUGCCUGCGGUGGUGUCAUGGUUGUUGGCGUUGGCAUUUGUGGUGGUUACUGCCUUGUGGCUGUUCAUGCCGCAGGUUUUAUAUGCUGAGUUUGAUGUUAAGGCACGUAGAGAAUUUAUUGCUUUCAUAAAUUUUGUUAAAGAUAUCGCCGCUGAUUCGAGGUUUAAGUCAUUCAUCACCUUAACAAAAGCUUAG